AUGAAGGGCCUCCACAACUCGCUCCUUGCCCUCGCCACCCUCCGAACGCAUGCCCUCGACGUUGCAAGCCAAGCGGUCACGGCCGACAUCUCGUCGUACGCCGAGGCCCUCCUGCAAGGCACUGUCACUCCCGGAAUGACGCUCGGCUUCGUGCGCGUCGGAGAGAACGGGUCGGUUUCGACCGAGGUCGCCAACUGGGGCAACAUGACGGAGGAUGGGGCACCCGUCACGUCAGAGACGACGUUCAACAUCGGGUCUUGCUCAAAAGCGUUCACGGCGGCUGCGAUGGGCAUCUUGAUCGACGAUUUUGCGACCGGCAAGAACGUGACCGCGCUGCCGGCCGGAGUGAAAGGCUUCACCUGGCAGACGAAGGUGAAGGACCUGCUCGCGUCGGAAGGUUGGAGCCUCGAAGACGAGUGGGCAACGCAGAAGCUCAGCCUCUUGGACGCGUUCACGCACGUUUCGGGCAUCCCUCGCCACGACGUCUCGUUUAGCGUGGAGGACACAGUCGCCACCAUGUAUAUGCUCAUGCAGUUCGUGCUGGAGAAGUAUUCUGGGAAAUCCCUACACGAGUUCGCCAAGGAGCGGAUAUUCACUCCGCUCAACAUGACUUCCGCGACGUACUCCGGACGGGAUGCGAUCGACAGUGGCCUCAUGAGUCAAGCGUUCAACGCUGGCCGGCGUAUCCCCUACUGGAUGGUCGACCAGCUUCCGGCCAACUUGGUCUCUUCCGCAGGGGGUCUCAUUGCUUCUGCUUCCGACAUGACGAAGUGGUUGGCUAUGCAUGCCAACGGAGGCGUCAAUCCGGAGAACGGACAGGUCGUGAUCCCGGCGUCGAUCUUCAAGCGACUCACCACCAUGUACUCGAUCGAAAACGGCGAUCCCACGAACCCAGAGGACUCUGUCGCUGGACAGAGCCCAGGCUGGGUUCGCAUGUCGAUCCAAGGUCAUGAUGUCAUCUAUCACGAAGGAGGCAUUCCCGGCUUCUACAGCGAGGCAUGGUUCUUCCCGUCAGACCGGAUCGGCAUCUUCACCAGUGCGAACGCAGCAAGCGCCGCGCCCUACCUGCUCGCCCUCCGCGUCGCCGAAACCUACCUCGGCCUCGACAUCACCCCCGCGCCAUCCUCCAGCUCGUCGAGCACCGGCACCGCGAUCGACGCGCCCAAUAACGUCUCCACCUCCGUGCUCGCCGCGCUCCCGUCCUACCCCGGCACGUACUCCAACCCCGGCUACGGCAACUUCACGCUCUGCGCCGCGACGUCGAGCGCGGUCCCCGGCUGUGGCGCGAUCCUCGCCGCCUACGCGCCCGUCUCCGCGAACGGCACGCUCGACGCGGACCUGCUCUACGGCGACUUCGCGCCCGAGCGCGUGUGGGCGUCGCAGUUCCGGAUGCGGCCGACCGGCGCGGGCGCGUUCGUGGUGCAGAUGGAGUCGGCGUUCCCGCAGGGGUACGGGCGCGACGAGACGCCGUUCACGCUCGCGCCGUACACGCACCCGGUGGCGGUGCAGUGCGAGGAGAAGCACGGCAAGGUCGUCGGCUGCGGGCUCAUGAACGUUGCGCUUGCUGGGUCGGGGGAUACGACGUGGGAGGCGCGCGAGGGCAGCGUGGAGGAGAUGGCGGACGCGUGGUUCGUCAAGGUGUAG